UGGCAGUGGCGGGAAUUUCGCCUGUUUCUGAUUGAGACCUCACGGAUGCCGGGGUUGUAGUCUGGGAAGCUGGGGACGGAUCUCCGGGACCUAAAGUGUGGGGAGACAGGAAGGAAGUAAUGGAUAACUGUUCCGCUGCGUCGACGUUCCUGACCGACAGCUUGGAGCUGGAGCUGGGGAGAGAAUGGUGCAAACCCCCUUGUUUUUCCUGUGGUUUUGACCACCGAGGAGGAAGUCAUUUUUCUGGAGAGUCCUACCUUUCUAGCGGAUCCCUUAAGCGAUUAAUUUUGAACCUUGAUCCCUUACCAACUAAUUUCGAAGAAGAUACAGUGGAAAUAUUUGGCAUUCAGUGGGUUACUGAAACAGCACUGGUGAAUUCAUCUAGAGUGCUCUUCCAUUUAUUCAGGCAAUGGCUAUACAACUUGGAAACCUUAUUACAGGCCAGCUGUGAUUUUGGGAAGAUAUCAAUCCUGCACAGCAAAGCAGACAAUAUUAGGCAGCAGUGCGUGACAUUUCUUCAUUAUGUUAAAGUUUUCAUCUUUAGGUACCUGAAAGUACAGAAUGCUGAGAGUCCUGUUCCUGUUCAUCCCUAUGAGACUGUGGAGGCACAGCUUCCUUCUUUGUUGGUUGAUGAACUUCAUGGAUUACUUUUAUAUGUUGGACGUCUAUGUGAACUUCCCAGUAUUAAUUCAGGAGCAUUUGUAAAUCAAAACCAGAUUAAGCUUUAUCCACCAUCAUGGCAUUUAUUACAUCUCCACUUAGAUAUCCAUUGGCUGGUGCUAGAAAUUCUUCACAUGCUUGGUGAAAAAUUGAAACAAGUUAUAUAUGGUCAUCAGUUUAUGAAUCUGGCAGGCGACAAUUUAACUAAUGUCAGCCUAUUUGAAGAACAUUGUGAAAAUCUCCUUUGUGAUUUAAUAAGCCUUUCACUCAACAGGUAUGACAAGGUCAGGCCAUCUGAAGCAUUAGUGAGUCACCACUGCCCGUGUUCAUGCGUCAAAGAAUUAUGGGUUCUACUCAUUCAUCUUCUAGAACACAGAAGUAAAUGGUCUCUUUCAGAAUCAUUUUGGAACUGGUUGAAUAAACUACUUAAAACACUCUUUGACAAAUCAAGUGACCGAAGACGACCAGUGCUGAUAAUGCAGCCCAGGGAUCCAUUAGGUUUUAGUUGGUGGACCAUCACUCAUGUAGCAUCAUUUUACCAGUUUGAUCGCCAUGGAACACCAGAUGAAAUGAGACAAAUGGAAUCAAAUUGGAAUUUUGUAGAAGAACUGCUAAAAAAGUCCAUCAAUGUUCAGGAUGGUGUACCAGAAGAACAUUUACGAAUGCAUCUGCACUGUUGUUUGACACUUUGUGAUUUCUGGGAGCCAAACAUUGCAGUUGUCACCAUUCUAUGGGAAUAUUAUAGUAAGAACCUGAAUAGCUCUUUCAGCAUCUCUUGGCUUCCUUUGAAAGGCCUUACACAUAUCAUUAAGUCACCCUUGUCUAUGCUAGAAAUGGUGAAGACCUGCUGUUGUGAUAAACAAGAUCAUGAUCUGUAUAAAUCCAGCAGUAGUUACACCAUUUUCCUUUGCAUUUUGGCAAAAGUUGUUAAAAAAGCAAUGAAGAGCAAUGGCCCUCAUCCUUGGAAACAAGUCAAAGGAAGAAUAUACUCUAAAUUCCAUCAAAAAAGAAUGGAAGAACUAACUGAAGUUGGUCUUCAGAACUUUUUCAACCUUUUUUUAUUAUUAGCAGCUGUCGCAGAAGUGGAAGAUGUGGCAAGUCAUGUGUUAGGUCUCCUGAAUUUCCUCAGGCCUUCCUUUAUAACAUCUCCCCUCAUUUGGAAGGGUCAAGUGGCCUUCCUUUUAAUGUAUACCCAGAAAAAUCUGGACAUUGGUGUUUUGGCUGAGAAAUUUUCAGGUGCUUUCCGAGAGAAAGCAAAAGAAUUCUUGGUAUCCAAGAAUGAUGAAAUGGGACAAAGACAGACUCUCUGGACACUUCUUUCCAUCUAUAUUGAUGGUGUUCAAGAAGUGUUUGAGACUAGCCAUUGCUUGCAUCCUUCCCAUGAAAAACUACUUAAUGAUGGAUUUAGUAUGCUUCUGCGAGCUUGUCAAGAAUCUGAACUUAGGAUGGUGUUGAGCUUUCUACAAGCUGUUCUGGCCAGAAUCAGGAGUAUGCAUCAACAAUUGUGUCAGGAACUUCAAAAGGAGAAUGUGGACCUAAGUGCGCAGUCUUCAUUAUUGGCUAAAGAGCGCCACCUUGCUGCAGUUGCCAGUGCACUAUGGAGACAUUUCUUUUCAUUUUUGAAGAGUCAGAGAAUGUCACAGAUAGUGCCUCUCUCGGAACUUGCGGACGCAGCUGCAGAUUUUACUUUGCUAGCAUUGGACAUGCCCAGCACUGCUCCAUCAGAUCUUCAGCCUCAGCCAGUUAUAUCAAUGAUGCAGCUUUUUGGUUGGGAUGAUAUUAUCUGGCCCCAGGUUGUAGCAAGAUAUUUAAGUCAUUGCCUACAAAAUAGUAUGUUAUGUGAAGCACUUCCUCAUUCAGGCUGUGUAUCUUUCCAAGUCUUAACUAUAAGAUCAUGGAUUCGUUGCAUUUUGCAAAUGUAUAUAAAAAACUUACAUGUAGCUGAUGAUUUGUUCAUUGAUAUAAAUCCUGGACAGGCUGUUGAGAAAGAAUACUUGGGACAGUUGACUGAACUGACAAGGUUGCUAUUUAAACUCUCAGAAGUAAAGGAUAUUUUUUUAAAGGCUCAAGUUGAAUAUUUAUCCAGUCCAGAGGACCCUACCAAAGCACUUGUUCUGUUUUUUGAGGCUGUUGGUAUUACUUAUGGAAAUCUGCAGACACUUUCUGAUAAAUCGGUCAUGGUUGCAAAGUCCUUAGAGUACCUUGGUGAAAUAUUAAAAUAUAUAAAACCCUACUUGGGAAAAAAAAUUUGUAGUGCAGGACUGCAACUGACUUACAGGAUGAUGGGAAUUCUUGUUAAAUCAUGGGCACAGAUCUUUGCCACCUCUAAAGCCCAAAAGCUACUAUUCCGGAUCAUAGAUUGUUUACUGCUGCCACAUACAGUGUUACAGCAAGAGAAGGAGCUGCCUGCACCCAUGUUGAUAGCAAUUCAGAAGAGUCUUCCUUUGUAUCUUCAGGGCAUGUGCAUUGUAUGUUGUCAGUCUCAAAAUCCAAAUGCUUAUUUGAACCAGUUACUAGGGAAUGUCAUUGAACAGUACAUUGGGCGGUUUCUGACGGCUUCACUGCCCGGUGUAGGUCUUGGACAACACCCCGUUUUGUUGGCAUUGAGAAACUCCGCCACUGUUCCACCGAUGUCACCUCUAAAGAAAUGCAUUAUACAAGUCAUAAGGAAGUCCUACUUGGAGUCUAAAGGGUCCCUGCUCCCUCCUCGCUUGGCAUCUAUCCUGGCCUUCACCCUCCAGCUCUUCAAAGAAACCAACAUAGACAUAUCUGAAGUCGAAUUGCUCCUACCCAGCAUCUUAAAAUCAUUGGUGUUGGUCAAUGAACCCCAAGUGAAAAGGCUGGCCACAGAGAACCUGCAAUAUAUGGUAAAAGCCUGCCAAGUGGGGUCAGGAGGAGAACCCGCCACCCAGCUGACUUCUGUGUUUAGGCAUUUUAUCCAGGAUUACAGUAUGAGAUACGAUUAUCAGAUUUACAGCAUUUUAGAAACAGUAGCAACAUUAGACCAGCAGGCUGUCAUCCACUUGCUUUCUACCCUCACUCAGUCUCUGAAGGAUUCAGAGAGGAAAUGGGGCCUUGGCAGAAACAUCGCACAACGGGAAGCUUAUAGCAAACUUUUAUCUCACCUAGGACAAGCGGGACAAGAUGAAAUGCAAAGACUGGAGAGUGAUAAUACCUAGGAUAUUUUGUGACUUGCCUUCUCUAUUACAACUGUCUGAAGCUGCUUUGCACCAUUCUGAUUCAUACUUCUAAUUAAUUGUAUAAUAUUCUGUUUAAAAUACUUUCUCGGAUUUUUAUCUUCCAUACCUGUAAGUAUAUACAAAGUACAUAAAUAAAAUAAAGGUUAAUUAAAUAUAUGAUAGGACCUUUAGAACUUGGCAGAAUUGCAUUCUCUCCUUAAAGAGUUUUUAGUUAAACUAAUUUAAAGGAACUUUCUCUGUGACUGUUAUCUGUGUGUGUCUGUUCAAUAGAUCUGUACCAGCUGUUCCAGGGACUUUUCGCUGUAGUGUAAAUUUCUGUCCUAUGAGUGAUUCGCUUGUUAGUUUUAGUAUGAUGUGGGUUGUUUGCUUAACAUUACCUGGCAACCCUGUGCUGGGUUUUGAGAAAGGGGGUUCAGGAGGUGGGAUUGUGUGUUUGUCAUCUUUUGUUACACUGUGUGUGAAGCAAGUUAAUAAAUGCCUGGCACACUUAACUCUGUGAGGAACGAGACCGAGUCUGGCUAAAUGAAUAUACAGAUAGUAUAUAAAAUGUUUUAAAAUUUAAGCCAGCAGUGUUUAUGCUUAGGUCCCAAAAGUUGCCAGAUUUUUGUUUUCUUUAGUCAUCAUCCUUCUUCUUGAGAAUUAGUUAAAAGACCUCUAUCAGGAGGUAUAUAAAUAAGACCCUUUAAGAAAAGAGAAGCUAACAUCUAAAAAAUCUUCAGAUUACAUUAUUCACAGAUGGGUUCUGAGAAGUCAGCUGGUUUAUCUCCUUGCUCACCAAUCAGAGCCUUGUAUAAUUUACCCUCUUAUAUUUACAGUUUCCUUUGAGCGCAAUUGUGUCUCAACUCGUUAACUGUUUCAUACAGAUUUUUAUUUUACCUGUUAGGCUCUUGUUCUUGACUCCUUUUUGUGGUGAGCAUUAUUUGGUGAAAGAACUCCAGUUCUUUCCAGUGUUGGGGACCCACCUAGAUCCCAAAGCCAGCUCUGCUUUGUAAACUCGGGCAAGUCACUUAACCUUGCUCAGUUUCUUCAUGGAGAAAAGAAGAAUGCUAAUCUUACUUCUAUUUCACAGUGUCCCGGUAAGAAUCAGGAUACUAAUGUAUUGGCGACACAGGUUCUACUUGAGGUGUACAGAGAUGAUUACUAAUCAUUCAUACACAAAGGUAAAGAACACCUCUCAAUUUUGUCCCUCUUUCUCUAAUAGGUCAUAAAAUAAUGAGCACCUUUUUUUUUAAAUUUUUCCUUACACAUCAUGUUUGCUAACUUUGCAGUAACUUAGUUUUCUUCUUGAGACUCUAGUGUUUAUCAUGGUUCUUCUAUUACCUCCCUUUUCUAACUCAGGAAGUAUCUUUAAAACUGAAGUGUAUUGCAGUCAGCAAAUUUAUAUUAUUAAUCUUCUCCUUACCAUAAUAUGUGAAAUCUAAAGGAGUGUCUGUUGUUUUCAUGACAUACCAAUAGUCUUCCCCCGCAGACCAGCUGUUAGUACUUCAACAAAUGAAUGAAUAAACCGCGUUAAGGUAACUUAGUAGACUUUAAAGCAGCGAGUUUCUUUUCGUUAUCAUAGUAACUUAUUAAACUUAAUGUAUUGCUUUGCAAAUUUCAGCAAAUGAAGCUUAAUUUGUUUAAGGUGAUGGCUUUUAAAGAAGUUAUUUAUGUGUGUGUGUGUGUGUGUGUGUAUAUAUCUAUAUAUCUAUAUUUUACUUUCAAAGUAGGAUUAAUAGGAUACCUUUGAGAAUCAUGUUUCUUAGAAUAUGAAGCUUUUAAGGGAUGAGAAAAGCCACUUCUGAAUCAUGCAUUAGGGCAUAUGUCUAUAGAUGCUAAGAAUAAAUAGUUUAUAGUUUAAAAAUUAGUAACAGAAAAAUCUGUAACAAUACGUAUGUGUAUAUGUGUGUUCAUAUAGAAGUGAAAUUUUAAAGGCGCUGUUUUAAUUGAAAAAAAAAUAUAUGACUCAGUUUAUUUUCUUGAAAAUCUUCACAGACCCUUCACUUAAUCUUACUUUUUCUAUUCCUAGACUUAGAGUACCUUAUUCCUGUUUCCUUAAUACGUAUUCUCCCGAGAACCUGUACUGUGCGGGCUGCUGCUUCUCCCUCUCCCUGUGAGCCGUCCUCUCCUGGGGCAGGCUGGGAGCACAUUCUCGCUCCUCGGGUCCUGUGGCCUGACAUCUGUAUUUCCCUCCAUCUUCUCAGCCGCCCCAUGGUGAUACUCCUCCUUCCUACGUAGUGCACUUUGAAGGCACCCCCAUGUUCUCCUUUCUGGUCCUCAGUGACGAGAUCUGGCUCUUCACUUGCUGUCUCAACAUUUUCUAGUAGUGAACUGCUAACGCUAGCUCAUAAUUUCAUCUCUAAAGUCUAUUUCUGGUGCUAAUUUCUCUCUAACCCUCUCUAGUUGGAUCCUCUUGAAAUCUCAAGGCAACGUGUCAAGCUGCACUUGUCACUUAUUUUAAACUAGCUCCUGCCUUUUCUAUCCAGAGAAUGUACUGUUUUCACAUGCUAUUUAGCCUUGAAACUUCAGAAGCAUCUUGGAUCUUACGUGUUCCCCACUUUCAGGUGAUCACUAGUAUGGGCUCUUGCUAUUUUUUUUCUUUUCCCCAUCCUAUACACCCCAACUGUCUUUUUUCUACUGGGCACUUUCUUACCUCCUUAUCUCUGAUCUCCUUUCCUGUAAUUCAUUCUCACACAGUUCUGACUUUAGUGUUGCUAAGAUAAUCUUUUCCUCCUGUUAACUUUUCUGCUCAAGGACCUCCGGUGACUUGCCAGUGUCAGUAAGCUGACAUUCAGACUCUGCAGUCAGGAGACAUUCUGCCAUCUGACUCUCCCUUUUCUAUGCACACUUAACUCAUGCAGGAGACGAGACUGCUUUAGACGCCUGAAUGCCUUGUUGUUUCUGCACUCUGAGCCUCACUCAGCUUGCCGCAGACAAUACCACCCUUUUUGUAGAAACAGCCUUCAGACACUUAAAUAGGAGGAGAGUUAAAAUACACAUUUUGGAUAUAGGGGUAUUCCAGUCCAAUAAUUUCUGUAAAAUAUCAGAUGGAAUGUAAAAGAGAUGAUUGAAGGACAACAGAAUGGUAGAAAGACUUUAUUAGAUAUUCAGAUUUGGUUAUGAUUUAAACUUUAAUUGAACAUUUAAUUAGGUUUUCAUGGGGGAGUAAAAAACAUGGAGUAUGAUCUCUGUACAGAAAUCUUUUAGUAUUGACUUCAUUUGCAUUAGAAGAGUUUCAUGGUUUAAAACUUUUGUAUUUUUACCUAUUCCUAGCAUAUUUUUUCUUAAGCCUAUUUGACUUUUUCUACCUGGGCAUCUAUAUUUAAAAAACAACAACAACAAACUCAUCUCUAGCCUGUGUGUGUGUGUUCUUUACCCAUUAUUAUUUUCUUUCAUGCUUCUUCACAAAUUUUUAAAGCCACUUUGUUCUUAAAGAAUUACAUGUACUUUAACAGAACCUUUGACAGCUUUUAUUUUUACAUUCCCUUUGUUAAAAUUAUCUGUUAUAUAAAAAUUUGACAAUUUCUGCAGUUGGGAAAAGCCUCUAGGAAACCAGUCUUCCCUAAAUCCUAUAGAUUUUACGCAAACCUUAUUUUUUUCCAAAAACUCAUCUCCUGCCUUCUCCUCCUGGGGUUAAAAAUACUACCUUGUCAGUCAAGUACGUAGUAUGCCUGUAUAAAUACCAGGUUUUGUUUGCUUAAAACAGUUGGUUUGGGAAGCUAGCAAAGUAGCCUAUUUUUUCAGAUAUUUAAUAAGAUCCAAGAUUUGUAUUUUGAUUCUGUGAUAAUUUAUGUUGCUAAUGUUACCAAAAUAAGUACUACAUGAUUGGAAUUGAAUAACUUCUGCUUAUUAACGUUUUUGGUGUGUUAGUAGUUUUCCAAUUUAUAGCAUUUAUUGCAUUUGUGAAUUUUGUUUUCAGAAAAUUCUGGGCCUUAUUGUAUAUUGAUGCUUAUAAGUUAAUUGUGCAUAUAACAUGAUUUUUAAAAUGUAUAUAUUUACAUUGCACCCAUGAUUAUUUCACUUCCUUUUUUA